ACUAAAGUCGGGAUCGACAUUCAAUACUUCGUAGGAUUUUUUAGCGAAGAAGUGUUUAUCGUGGGAAGGAAAAUACUUGAUUAGUUCACACAAAUGAGAUGAAAUGGCCACAGCAGAUUGGAAUCCGCUCGGAAAUGUAUAUUUCAAAAAAUCUGAACUGUAUUCAAUGGACUGGAGUGAGAUUGUGGACGUCAGUAAAUUUGAGGUAGCUGCAGCCCCGUAUGGCGGUCCAGUGGCAUUGCUGAAGGAUGACACCAAAACUGCCCGGGUCCAGGUGGUCACCAAACCUAUUGUUACUGUUUUCACUGCUGCUGGGAAACAAAUAAGUCAAAUGAGGUGGAACAGUGGCACAAUCCACAAGAUGGGGUGGUCCCACACAGAGGACCUGCUGUUUGUGCAAGACGAUGGGGUGGUGCUGGUGUAUGAUAUGUUCCUCACCUUCAAAAAGACAUUUGGUAUGGGCAAGGAGGUGAAGGACGUGAAGCUGAUUGACUGUAAGAUAUUCAGUAGUUACCAGGGGACUGGUAUAGCUGUACUGACCAGUACUUACAGAGUGUAUAUAGCCAACAGCGUGGACGACCCCAGGAUCAGAAGGCUGGCUGAGGUGCCAGGUUUGUCCUCAGCUCCCAGUAGCUGGACGGUGAUCAAUUUGGAUCGACAGUCUCGAGCUCUGAUUGCCAAGGGGAGUGAACUCUGUUUGAUUGACCAUGGAGGCCAAUACCAAGUACAGACUCCUGAUGUUUCUACAGACGUGACUGAGUUUUUGGCCAUGUCUCUGUCAUUUAACAAUCGUUCUCUGGCCAUGUUCACAGAUAAAGGGGUCAUCUGGAUCGGUUCAUCAGACCUGCAGAAAAAAUACUGUGAAUUUAACACCAAAUCUCCAACACCACCUCAGCAACUGUCUUGGUGUGGUUCCGGGGCUUUGGUGGGGCUGUGGGGAACAACGAUGCUGGUGGUGGGCCCUGAUAAAGACUGGAUUAACUUCAACUUUGACUCUCCGAUCCAUCUGGUGGAAGAGGAGGACGGACUACGGAUUAUCGGGAAUUACCAGCAUGAAUUCCUCCAUAAAGUCCCAGAGGUCACAGAGAAAAUAUUCAAAAUAGGCUCGAUGGAACCAGGUGCCAUGUUGUUUGAAGCCUCUAAAGAAUUUUACAAAGGAAGUCAGAAAGCAGAUGAAUACAUCAGAAUCAUAAAAGACCAACUUGAAAUAGCAGUUAGUCAGUGUAUAGAAGCCGCAGGUCAUGAAAUAGAUCCAUCGAAACAGAAACCACUACUCAGGGCCGCUACGUUUGGGAAGUGCUUCUUGACGGACUAUAGUCCGGAGGCUUACGUGAAUAUGUGUCAGAUGUUACGUGUUCUAAACCAAGUGAGGAAUCAUGUGAUAGGCAUUCCUCUCACCUACUCUCAAUUACAGCAUUUAUCCAUGCCAAUUUUAAUAGAUCGACUUGUGCUCAGGAAAUUAUUUUACUACGCUGUGAAAAUCUGUCAGUAUUUGAAAAUACCUGAUGCUGAGGGAGCUAGCAGGAUACUGGCACACUGGGCUUGCUAUAAGGUUCAGCAGAAGACGGAAGACGAUGAGACUGUAGCUAGAGCCAUCAAUCAGAAGCUUGGAGAUACCCCGGGGAUAUCCUACUCCGACAUCGCUAGCCAUGCUCUGGAAGUGGGGCGUACUGACUUAGCCAUAAGGCUGCUGGACUUUGAACCCCGAGCUGCUCAGCAGGUUCCCCUGUUGAUGAAGAUGCAGAAGGACAGUAUAGCUCUCGCAAAGGCUAUUGAAAGUGGAGACACAGACCUAGUUUAUACAGUAUUACUGAAGCUGAAGGAGUCUAUGAAUCAAGGAGAGUUUUUCAUGGCAAUCAGGAACACGCCAAUAGCUUACUCACUGUUUAUUCAGUACUGCAGGCAACAGAACAGAAAGCUGAUGGAAGAUCUCUUUUACCAGGAAGACAACUUUCAGGAAGAAGGCAACUGUAAAGUCAUCAACAGUUUUGGAGAGGAUAGAAUGGAAGACCGAGUGGAGGAACUCAAGCUUGCCCAGUCCUGCUUUGCUAAAGCCAAAAAUGAGUUUGCUAGGGUGCAAACGGACGAGCAGAUGAAGUUGUUGAAAUACCAGCAGAGACUGGAGGAGGAGAUGAAUAGACCGUUUCUCAAUCUCUCCCUUCAUCAGACAAUUUACCGCCUCACUAUCGGUAACAAUCACAAGGUGGCCGAACAACUCAGAAAGGAAUUCAAAGUCCCAGACAGAAGGUAUUGGUGGUUAAGGAUCAAUGCUCUGGGAGAAAGUGGUGAUUGGAUUGAACUUGAGAAAUUUUCCAAAGGAAAGAAAGCACCUGUUGGUAUGGAGGCAUUUGUAGAAGUUUGUGCAAAAUACGGAAAUAUGAGGGAAGCUCUGAAGUACAUGACCAAAGUGGCCCCAGAACAGAAAGUGAAAUGCUUAGUGAAAGUAGGGGAGAAGAAGAAGGCAGCAGAAACUGCAUUUGAGAACCGGAAUGAGGAGGAGUUGUCUUAUGUGUUAUCAAAGUGUGGACCCAGUGAUAAACAGUUAGUGGACGCAAUCCGCGGUAUGAAACAGCAACUUGGCCGGAGGUGAUCCGUGCUGAAUCGCAAGAUCCCAGUACGAGAAUUCCGAGGCAGGGACAGUGUUCGAAGCGCAUUCCAUGGAUUCUGUGACUAAAUUGUGUGCAAUACUUGUGUCGUUAAAUAUUUUGUUUAUUGUUAUGAUGAAGAAGUAACUUGAAUAUAUAAUUCUGUAUAUAAAUAAUACUACAUAAAUACCUGAAAAUGUAA